AUGGCUGAAACCAGCGAGGCAGAUGCCGCGCGUCGCUCAUCCGUGGACCUGACGGACCCCGUGGACCACUAUGAAGACUCCGACUGCGCAUUCUCAGACGACGACCUGGGCCUGGGCAUAGACAUGGACUUUGAUCUCGGCAUGCCAUCCGUGGAAGAAGACAUGCAGGACAGCGAAAGACGCAUCUUUACGCCUCCGCCGCGAAUCGCCGCCCGCUUCUACCGACCCUCACAAAUACGCCGCAGGGAUUCGGCGGCCUCAUCGCGCCGCAACUCCAUGUCUUCCGCCCACUCUCGCUGCUCAUCCAUCCAGCCCACCAGCCGCCGCAAUAGCGACAGCAGCAAAUACAAUGCACAGCACGUCCGACGCACAAACUUCCUAGAGGACCGCCGCGCCCGGCUGGCUGACAGGGCUGCUCAUGCCGAAAAGGUUCGGUUGAGGGCUGCCAUGGCAAAAGCGGCUCCCCGAGGACAGACUGCCAGAGAGGAGCGUGCCUUGGCGGCGCAACAGGCCCGGCAGCGCAACUUGGCCGAGAUUGUGGCCAACUGUGCCGAAGAAGUCAAAAAGGCCAAGCUGGUUGCCGAGUCAACCAAGGAGCGUCGCGAGCAGGAAAUUGCAAAGAUGAAGGCGCAGAUGGAGGAGCGCAUGGCCGAAGCGCAGAAACGACGAGAGGAGCUUCUCAACAAGUCUGCAGUGAAGCGCGCCAGGGGCCAGAGUGUCGUUGCCAAGAAGUCCUCUGCCGAGGCACUACCUCUUGCAAAGGACGUGGCUUUGCGUCCGGUGUUGAGUGAAGAUGAGGCGGCCAAUAAGAUCCAGACCUGGUGGCGCGGGUGUGCGAGAAGGAAGACUAUCCAGCAGUUUUAUGCUCUCGGCCUCAGUGUUGAUGGGAUACGCGAUACAUCCUUUGACGCCGUUGUUAGCCUAUUGGCUCAGCCACACGUUGUGCUCAUCACAUCCCAGCUUCUGAGGAUUUGUGGCCUCCAAGAGGGCGAGCCAGGCUCUGUCGAGGAGAUGGCUGCGGUUCGCACUUUCUUGAGCGCAUUUCUCAUUCUUGGACAUCCUGACCAGGUGCUAAACAACGUCGAUGAGGGGGCCGAAGCUAGAGAUGAGGAAGCGCUGUUUGCCGGCCAUCGACUGCCUGCGGCAGACUUGAAUAACCCUCAGCUACAGGACCUAGUCGACAAGGCAAAGGAUGUCUUGAUCUCCUUUGAAAAUAUUUUGGCUUGGCUGACGCCAGCUAACCGGUACACCAUGCCUCCUUCACUGCAGACGACCUUUCCACAGGCAUACUCGGCGUUCUACAAUGCAUUUAUAGCUUGGAAGUCAAGAGAUUCGGACGCCCUCAUCGAGGUCAUGUUGAUGCAGAUUGUGGAAUUAGAUGCCAUCUUCCACACUGUCAAAGAGACGUCGGAUGAAGCGGCCGCGGCGCUCUAUCAACAAAGCAUUCAAGAUAGUCAGCUUAUGCUCAUUGUUAGGAUAAAGCAGUUGGCAGGUGCUGAGAAGGGAAGGAAGAUGAUCUUCCAGGCUAUAAGCGAAGCCAGAAAAUCACGUAGGGUCAAGAAACUUGGUGAUACCAAGCCCCGAGUUGCCGACAGCGAAAGUGCCUCUGGGGAUGCUCAAGCAACGGCUAGCAACUUUGUUUCGUCGGAUUCGCAGAUGCUUACUCCUCCGUCAACGCCCGCUAGCAAGAGCCAGGCUAAAACAGCAACUACCAAGACGGGCCUCAACGGACUGAUUCCAGACAACCGCAUUAUUGUUCACGAGCUGGCCAUUAACAAGCGAUACCAAAUUCCGGCUGAAGAGUACGUGGAGAAACAGGCCGUCGUCUCACGACCACUGUACGCUCAUAUGAGGGCGGCCAUGGACGAUGCCCCGAAGGAAGCGAAUUUCCGCUUGUUCAUGCUGAGGGCUGGCCACAUCAAGGACAGGCUCCAACGUCCCUUGAAGGAGGGUAACCCCAUGUACAAUCUGAUUGGCGAAAUCCUGGAUGUCGAAAUUGCGCACAAGCAAUUUGAAAUGGGGAGCUUUUCAUACGAAAGAUUCUUCUCAGCCAUGGCGUCUCUUCUGCCCAAGCUCUGUGCGCCGUUCCGAGAUGACCAGCUCAAAGACUUGAUCCAAAACAGACUGAGCGACGGCAGCGUGAUUGACAAGAUUGAGGCUCUGGAUCAUUUCGUCGACGUCUUGCUUUGCGACUACAUUAAUUACCUACUCAAGGCGGCGGCUCCCUCACUAAUAGAGUCAGCUGCUACGUAUGAGUCGAAACGAUUUGCUGAGGAGUUUGAAGACAAGCAGGAAGACCUGCCUGCUGCCGAAGCAGCAUGGCGAUCGGCAAGGGCCAAGGUCAUGGCCGAGGUUCAGAAACGAGACGUUGAGAACAUUAACCACCCCAAGUCACGACCAACUGCCUCCAAGAUUUAUGCGCAGAUGCUUGUGGAUGUCUUUACACAGCCUACCCCUGUUGGCGCCGACCAGAUUCCCGAGAUGCUCCGUCUUGACCAGGCACGCAUCAACCAGGUGUCGGCCAUGAUCCAACGAAUCAUCACUGCGGGCGCCGUGCUGCUGCAAUGCAAGAAUCUCAUGAAGCGAGAUGUACGCUCAGCGUGGAAGACUGAAGCGGCACGCGUCAUGGCCGUCCUCGAGGCCAAUCACGCUUCGGUAGAUACAGCAGUUGACGGCGUCAUGGCUGCUCUGGAGGCGGGCCGUUCCAUGCCUCUUCCUACCAAGACUCACUUGCGUGCUCUGGUGACCAAGGUGUUGACGGCGAGCCGGGAAAUGGCUAUCCGAUCUACAGAGCCACGCGACCCAGUCUUGCGUCUUCUCCUCACACGUUUACGAGGCAACAUCCUAGCCCGUCUGGCUUCUGGAUCGGCCAGCGAAAAGGUCAAAGCUGCCAACACCGCGGGCGAGAAGCUUGCUAGCCUUGGUUUGUCCGAGUUUGUCGAGAAUGUUAGACAGAUGUCUGACUUGCUGGACAAGGUUGGGGCGGUUGAUCGAGCUGCUCACAGCCAGUGGUGGGAUGCUGUUGCUGCCAAGGUGCAGCAGGAAGAGUCCAGCGCGUAG